GUCAUCUUGUUAUCAAACGAAACUACUCGGCCUACGAAGAGACUGAUUGUUUUUCUGAAACCGCGGACGAUAUUUCUACAAAUCAUACAAAGCCAAGUUUAAAUAGUGAGGAGACAAUCUUUUUUCGGAUGAACUUUCGUUUACAGAAGACCGGUCAAGCAAAACGAUCGUGAUACACGCAUACCGUGACUGACUCAAUCGAGAUGGCGCACUUUAAUCAUUGUUUCCGGGUAGCUUUUCUCGCUGUACUUUUUCCACUGACUUCAGGAGCCUGUGUUGAUUUAGAUCUUGGAAUGGGAAGUAGAACUAUUCCAGAUAGUAAAAUAACUGCUUCUUCAGUACAAAGUGUCAGCACACCAGCAAAGAAUGGUAGACUGAACUUCACAUCAGGAUCAUCGUGGUGUGCAGGAACAAGUGACACUAACCCAUACCUACAGAUUGAUCUACAAACACUUCAUAUCAUCUGUGCUGUGUCUACUCAAGGGAAUUCUCAAGCAGAUCAGUGGGUGAAGAACUACACUCUACAAUUAUCCACGGAUGGGAUAAGUUGGAAGAACUAUACGGAAUUAGGUGGACAGGUUAAGAUUCUGACAGGAAAUACUGACAGGAACUCAGAGGGAAAGCAUGUUGUUUAUGGUAUAUUAACAAGAUUUUUACGAUUCCUGCCACGAACGAGCCAGGGUGGGAUGUGUAUGAGAACAGAGGUAUUUGGAGUGAAAAAAAACCCAACUUGUGAAAUGGAGGCCAUUGGUUUGGCGUUUGGUGGUACAAUUCCAGAUAGCAGCUUUUCUGCCUCAUCGCAUUAUGAUCAUAGGUAUAAACCCUCUAAUGGUCGACUUAAUGGAAAUAGCCGGGGUUGGGGACCCAAAACUGAGUUCGAUCCUGCUGACUACCUCCAAAUUGACUUUCUGUAUGAGUAUGUUAUCUGUGCUGUUGCUACCCAAGGAGCUAAUGGUAUCAAUGAGUGGACAAAAAAAUACGAGAUUCAGUUAUCAGUGGAUGGUACCACUAUGGUUACCUACCAAGAAAACAAUGCAGACAGGGUCUUUCUCGGAAACUCAAAUCAAAAUAGCGUCGUAAAAAACAGUCUCCAGGAAUUUGCAAGUGCAAAGUUUAUCCGUUUUAAGCCAACGGCAUACAAUAACUUUAAAGCUCUGAGAGUGGAAGUUUAUGGAAUACUUCUAACAAAAGUUCCAUCACAACCUCCGGCAGCCUUCAAGUUAACUGCAAGCUCUUCUACCAGCAUCACAGCUUCCUGGCAGUUGCCACCAGUCUUUGCCAGACAUGGAAGAAACAUUACAGGGUUUAAACUGUUCUACAAAAAGAAAGGUUCUGGUGGAUCAGCAACAACCUUGACUAUUAGCAAGGGAUCGACAUUAAGUAGAAAUGUCACCUGGCUUGAUAAGUACACAGAGUACGAAUUUAAAGUGUUGGCCUUCACCUCUGAUGGUGAUGGACCAAAGAGCGCUGUUGAGGUGGAGAGAACAAAGGAAGAUGGUAUGUGAUAUGAAGGCGAAAGAGAAAAGAUUAUCACAAUUUUUUUAUGAAU